CAUCCUUGACCUCAUUCAUUGACCAGAAUUAUGCUGGUAUGGAAGGGACUACUCCGGUGAGCAGUUUCUAUGUCUCACCAACGUCGAAUCACAGCUCCGUCUUUUGCGCUUGAACCACCUCACCCGGAGGCUCGAGACUGUCUUCCUCCUAUCAUAAUCAUACUUUCAGCUGUCUUCGAUCAAGCUCUUCAUAUCCGAUAUCAUUGAUACAGAUAAAGUGAGAAGGGUCUAUAUACGGUUCUCACAAUCACUUGCUAAAGGGGUUCGCUGCGCACGUUGCACCAUGAACCCACUUGCUCCUGAUCCUCAUACCCACCCUGUCGACAUCUUUUCAGAGACCAAACGUCCCACAACCUCAAGUCAAAGAGAAUAUAACUUUUCGUCUGAUCAGCGUCCCAACGUUUCUUCGGAUAAAGAGGCAGGGGAAGAAGACUCGGUAAAAGAUUUCCUCCGUUCCCUUCCGACCCAAGCGGAUCCUGAACGACAAGCAUUAUGGACUCAAUUGAUCCAAUUAAAGACCCGCAGUUUGGAAUUGCAAAUUGCUGAAGCUAGGAAAAAAGAGAAAGAAGCUGAGGUGGAAUUGGAAAGAUUACGACAAGGUGUUCAAACAUGGACUGAGGGACAACCUCGACAACAUUCUCUCCCUACCACCACUGUAAUAUCACAUACCUCUCCCGGGCAACCUAGUACUAUCCCUAUCACAAGUCCACAGAUAACUUCAUCACUCGACUUGACCAAUCUAGGUAUGCCCUCAUCUGUGACUUUACCAUUCUCUUCCACCAUCCAGUCACCUGUCGUGCCUCUAGUGCCGCUGGCCCACUCCAAUCAAAUAUCUCACGAUCCUCACGGCGAAAUGGCUUUCGACUUGGAAGCAAUGUUACAAUCCAAUGACCUUGGUCAUCUCGAUAGUGCCUUUUCGUGGUUAUCAGAUUUUGUCGAUCCCUUCGCUACUUCUUAUACUUCUGAGUCGAUCUUCAACCCUCUCUCAUCUUCCCAUGUUGAAGGUUCUCUUCCAAUACCUUUCUCUUCUGGUCUUCAACAAGAUUAUCAAUUGAAUAACUCAUCCGUCGUCAAACCUGAAUCGCCCAUAUCACCAGUCAAGCGAUCCCGAUCACCUGAAAGUCUCUCAUCACCUCCAGCGAAGAAAUCAAAAGGUAAAUUCGAGAAAAAAAUCGUCAUUGACAAACAUGCAAACUGUAUGAGAUGUCGAAGACCUAUGGGACACGUUAUGUUACGCGCUCCCAAGACUCAAAUACCAGAACCAAUCCGUGUGAAUUUUCUAUGUACCGGUUGUGCUCAUGUUCAUCUCCCAUCAUCAUUACCUGAUCAGAACAUGGGGGGAGGUGGUACAGGGAGUGGUGGACCCAGCAUCGGUACGGUAGAUUCGAGGAAGCGAAUGAGGGCAGCUAUGGAACUUCAAGAUGAAGGUGUCGAUGAGGAGAGGAAGAGGAUCUUUUGUGAUGUUUGUCAAAGAGUCUCGGGAGCGGGACAUGUGUUAGGUUCUCACAAAGAGGAUCUGGGGUACAUGUGUGAGAUCAUCUGCGCGGCUUGUGAGAGCAAGUAUCAAAGAUGCACUGAUUGCGGUGGAGGUGGUGGUCCGAGAAUAGGGAUAGGGAAAUGGCGUAUGAGGCAGGUGUUUCAACCGGGACGCAAGACUUGUUCACUAUCACAUAGCCGGAUUGGAGAUAGACCUUUGGAAAUCGGAGUUCAUGUUACACCGACUGACUUUACCCCAGAACAACUCAAGGAAGUCAUCGCUCGGUGUAAGUCACUGUGGAAUGAGAAGACAUUGGCUAGAUUGGCAGUACCGGAGAUGCUAGAGAUCGAUCUCCCUCCCGGAGCCAGUAAUCCUCUAAGGACAUACGAAGAUAUCGAGAAUAUAAUAUCUGGCAAUUGGCCAGCCAGGGAGAAAAUGAUCAGAGCGGACGGUGCCGAGCCUUCCCGCUUCAAACGUCUUCUCGGUUUGGUGUGGGCUCAUUCUAAGCCAAGGAGGAAUGUACGUACUGUCGACUUGGAAGAGGAGUGGCAAAAGACUACAGAAGGGGAAGACGACAAUGAUUUGAGUACAGUUCUUGCGAAUGUCAGGAAGACGAAUGUGGUGAUUCCACCAGGUACGGAGUUGAUCAAUAUGUGGGGCGGGGAAUGGGAUAUGCAACAGGGUUCAUUACUCAUCUCCACCUUCAUUCCCUUUGAAGGUGCCGAUGGCGAAGACAGUGUCGCUCUCAGUGUUGGCGAGAUGAUCACGCAUUGUCAAGAUCUGAGAUUGGAGAUCAAUGCUCAACUUCAACAUUCCGCGGCAGGGGGUGGGAUGCAAGCAGAAUCGGUGAGGCAGGUGGAACAUCUUUGGGUUGUUUCUGGGGGAUGGAUGCCAUUGGUACGAGAGAGAAUUGCCGAUAUAUUAGUCAGAAAACGUUCUUUCGUUCAUGUUGAAGAAUACCUUACUCGACAUCCAGAUUUCGUAGAGUCGAUCAAAGCCAGACCAUACGGAAUGCAUCCCGACUUACAACGUAUCAUGUCAAGUGUAGAAAAUGGUAGACCACCUCCUAAACCUCUCAUUCUCGUCCGAUGGUUAGGUAAGGACUUUGAUGCUCAGAGGAUUUUAGAGAUCAAGCAAGCGGAAUUUGGGGGAAAGGGGAAGGUGAAACGAAAAUCUAAAAGUAAAUCGUGA